AUGUCUGCCCCAGGUUCGGGUCCUUCCGUUCCCCCCACGCCUGAUGUGACUGCGAUGAAUCCUGAGCGGGUUCGGAUGCUCUCUGAGGCUCCUCGAGAGAAAUCUCCCAAGCCGGCACCUGUGGUCAAGAGAGAGGAGUCUUUAGUUCCUUUCAGGGUCACAGGCGCUAAUAGAGAUGCCUUGGGUGACUGGUCUAACCGUUCCUCCCGGGGCUCUCAGAAAUCUGAUGGAGGCUCCAUCAAGCGGUCCAUCAGCGAGCUCAUGAUGGAGGCCAAGGAGAAACGUGCGCAGCAGGAGAAGAAGCCAAAAAUCGCUCCCGUCAAAAAGUACUACACCGAUAUUCAGCCCCUUGGUCGUGCUCCUCUACCAGACGACUCCACCCAUUACCUUACUUCACUCUUGCGAAACCGCAACUUGAACCUCUGCUUGCAGGCCGCUCCCAACAAGAAGAAUGAUGCGCCUGGCAAACCCAAGACAUAUACCUUUCUCAUCUCCAAUGCUGGAAUGGUCCAGCAUGAGAAGCUGUCCAUGCUGGGCCAUACUCGAGCUCUCCCUCUAUCCCUUCAUGAUCAGGACAUUUCUUCUUCAGACGGUGCCAUCACCCGCACCGUGAUUGGCGAGUUGCUCGAAGAUGUCUGGCCUAGACUCACAAAGAGUGACAAGUAUUCGUACGCCAGGCAACUCCGCAACCUCCUCCACAAGAUGCGGAAUGAGAGCAAGCAGGGACCAAAUUAUCCCCUAGGGUCUAUCGAGUCAGGAACAUACAGUUUGCUUCAAGACAAGCAUCCUGACCAUACCUACUAUGCAAUUCGUCCAAGCCCCAGCCAGAAGCAGUUCAUGGCACUUCUCAUGUCAACUUUGUAUGAGUCGGUGCCGAAAGCUGUGGCCAAGGCCUUGAUCACUCAAUUUCGCAAUGAUUAUCCUUCGGUUCUCACCCAUGGGGCCUUGUGCCCCAAGAACAUUGUUGUCUCCAACAACACCAUCAGCUGGAUCCUUGGCUGGGACUGCGCAGGACAGUAUCCAGUUUGGUGGGAGUACGCGCGGUUCUUCGAGGCGAGAACUACCGAGGCGAACAGUGACUGGUAUAGUUACGCAGCUGAGAUCUUUGAAGAGGAGUUCCCGGCUGAGUUGGCGGCCUACCAGGGAAUUGCGAGAUGUCAGCAGCCCUGAUCUUGAGACUUGUGACAUGGCGAUUUUGUUUGCGCAAGCUGAGGCAACAUUUUGUGUCUCACUGGCGUCGGGUGGACGCAACACGCGGCCGAACUCAGAAGGAAUCGGUGUAGCUUCCAGCAAAUGGCAAAGUUUUAUAUCUUGAAGAUGCACGGGCUGAUUGAUCAGGGUUAUCGGAAAGAGUCACGACUCCUGGUUUGGAGAAUCCCUAUGGGAUGCGAUGGUGGAAACACAGGAUCAUAGAUAGCAGUAUCGGAUGUUGUAAGCCUUGGUUGAAGGCUCAUCAGGGAGCUAGGAAGCUUCUGACAUUUAAUAAAAGUGUUGAAAGAUAACCGGCCUGAAGUCUUCCUUAGUUAUACUAAGCUUACCUGAGGCUUCAUUACUAAGAAUAUAGGUCUCAAGUUUCCUUGCCUCCUGGAGACUGCGCAUGUCUACUCUUUUCAAGUUCUC